GGUCGAUUAGUACUGCCUGCCCAGCGCCGCCAAUGGGUUGAUUGACGCUGUCUGCGCCUGGGAGGAGCAGCCGCCGACGCCCGGUCUUUAUUUGUUGCUGAAGGGGCUUGGGCCUUGGUUCUUCUCGUGUGGCACCUCUUUCCGUGACACGUUCUGGGACUCCAGCUCAACCUCUCCCGCGCCCGCUCUUUUGACGUCGCCUUUUUGCCCCCACUUCUCCCGCGUCCCGUCCCCACGGGGUGUGGGGGGGUGGGGUUGCAAAACCCGCCGGAGCCAUGGAGGACGAGAUCAUUCGCAUCGCCAAGAAGAUGGAUAAGAUGGUGCAGAAGAAGAACGCGGCUGGGGCACUGGAUUUACUAAAGGAACUUAAAAAUAUUCCCAUGACUCUGGAAUUAUUACAGUCCACAAGAAUUGGAAUGUCAGUAAAUGCCAUACGCAAGCAGAGCACAGAUGAAGAAGUUACGUCUUUAGCGAAGUCUCUCAUCAAAUCCUGGAAGAAGUUGCUAGAUGGACCCUCUACUGAUAAAGACUCUGAUGAAAAGAAAAAAGAACCUGCUAUCUCCUCCCAAAACAGCCCUGAAGCAAAAGAAGAGAGUAGCUCCAGUAGCAAUGCAAGCAACAGAAAGGAAGAGACAAAUGCUUCUGAUUCCUUCAUUCCAUCUUUUCCCCGGGCACCAAGCACCUCAGAUUCAGUUCGAAUGAAGUGCCGAGAGAUGCUUGCUGCAGCCCUCAGAACAGGAGAUGACUACAUUGCUAUUGGGGCUGAUGAAGAAGAGCUGGGAUCUCAGAUUGAGGAAGCUAUAUAUCAGGAGUUACGGAACACGGACAUGAAAUAUAAAAAUAGGGUACGAAGUAGAAUAGCAAAUCUCAAGGAUGCAAAGAAUCCAAAUUUAAGGAAAAAUGUACUGUGUGGAAACAUACCUCCAGAUUUGUUUGCUAGAAUGACGGCAGAGGAAAUGGCUAGUGAUGAACUUAAGGAGAUGCGCAAAAACCUGACCAAAGAAGCAAUUAGAGAACAUCAAAUGGCUAAAACAGGUGGGACCCAGACUGACCUGUUUACAUGUGGCAAAUGUAAAAAGAAGAAUUGUACCUAUACCCAGGUUCAAACCCGCAGUGCUGAUGAACCUAUGACAACAUUUGUUGUCUGUAACGAAUGUGGAAAUAGGUGGAAGUUUUGUUAAAAGAAGGAAUUGGGAAGAUACCUGGACACUUAUGAAACAGGAUUUUGUAAUUAGCUUUAAAAACUAGGCCAAGAAUCUAGUUUCCCUGCAAAUGAGAUUUUUAAAACAGCAUACAUCCUUUGGGUUAGUUUUUUGUUUUUGACACAACCAUCCCUUUCUUAAAAGCCUUCUUAUAGCUAGUGGUAAGAUCAGAUUAGUCAAUUGUAUGGUGUAUGUUUAAAACUAUUUUUUCAUUUUUAUAAGUAAGUCAACAUUAAACUUUUAUCAAUUUAAACUUUUGGUAACUUGUUUGUUUUUCGUAACAAAUGGAAAAUGUACUUUAACUUUUUUACAAUCUGAGACCUACAACAAAAAAUUUUUUACUUCUCUUCUCUAUUAAUGUGAAAGGGAAUUUGCAUUUUUUCCAUAUUGGCAUGUUCCUACUUAUAUUAAGGGAGAAGAAAGAUUAGUGUAAUUUUAGGUUAACCAAGUGUAGUGUGGUAAUGAAAUAAUAUUUGGACAGCUUAUAUAGUUUGUAAAUACCGUAUUUGAAUUAGCAUCUCACUUGGAUCAUAAUGAUUGUCAAUAAGCUUUAGUGAUUAGACAUCAUUUUGCAUCUGUGGCUAGCUGUGACCUGUAUCAUUUGUUGUACUUCUUAAGUCUGUAAAUUACUUGCUCUUACUAGAUCUUACUUAUGGAAAAUUUACUUUAAUAGUAGUUUGUUAAAACUGAUCAGUUGUUCUUUGCUUUUUAUUUACUUGUUUGACAUCAGAUUUUUAGAUUUUGCUGAUGAACAAGCUCAUUGUUUGGUAAACUGUAGUUUAGACCAGUUCUUCACAGGAAGAUAUAUUGAGGAAUAUGGUGUUAAACCUCGCCAGUUACUGUAGUUUUCCUAAACUGUUGAUGAACUUUAUUUUGAUGUGUAGAACAAUAUAAUAAUAAUGAUGAUGCUAAUCAGUGACCAAGCUUGAGAAGCCAGUUUACAACAUUAAAGCUUUGUUCUUUCCAUAUGUAGGUUGAAAAAAAAUUUUUUUCUUCUGAAGUCUAUUUUCUGAUUAUACCUUUUAAAACCACUAAAUGCUGUUCAGUAAAACUGAGAUACUCUUGUUCAAACUUUUCCUUAAUGGCAGUGCUUUUUCCCCCAUCUUCAAAUGCUAAACAGAUAACAUUAAAUAAUUUUGGAACGGCCUUGUCAGAUUCUUUGUGCCAUUUCAUAUCCACUCUGUCCCCCACAGAAUGUGUAUAUAUUACAGAUAAUUUGCUAUAAUGUGGAAAACUAUCUAAAAUAACAUACUGGUUAACAUCUCUAUUUCAAAAAUUGACCUGUACAUCCCCAAUGAUAGAGUUUAUUGAAGUGAAGAGAAAUGUUUGACUUAUGAUUUUAGAAAAUUAAAUUUGAAAAAGCAGUUAAAAACAUUAAGUUAAUAGAAAUCUCAUGUAACCCAAAGUGUUGAAUUUUUAAACAAUUCAAUAAAGGUCUUUUUAAGAACUUA